CCUCCUUAUUAUGACUCCGGGGGAUCAGCAGUAUCGACUCGUGCUCCGUCUUCUGCUGUUCUCACGCCGGGUCCGGGGUCGGCGAUGGACACCCCGCUACCCGACGUCCGUAUCAAUACCUCACCGUACUCGGUGCUAGAUGCGUCGGUUACACACCUCGUAGAGUCCAACGAAGUCACCCCCUUAUUCUGCUCUCUCACCCGUUUCACCCAUCGAGGGUGUGCAGGUCGAGCAAAGCAAUGACGAUGACGACGAAGUAGCUGAGGCCAUGCUACCCCACGUCACGAACUGGUUCUGGGUUCAGAGAUUCGCCAUCAUCGAGACUGGAACUGGAAUCUUCGUUCCCCAGAAAAUAUACCGUCCGUACACGGAGGCGGACCAGAAACGCUACAUCGCUGAGUGCGAACUGAAGCCAAUCAUCUAUUUCUUUUCCAGUAAUCCAUACGAAUACGGUGUCACACUGGAGGACGCCAUAAGGUCUAAGCACAAGGAUUUGCAGGACAAAGACGAGCCAAUGUUUGCGGGAUGUGGUCCGUCCGUGUCCAUCCGCAUCGAGUGGCCUGGUUAUCGCCCGUGGACCAAGCAAAUCCCCACCAAUGACUUCAAAACGCCCAAAGGACCGAUCACUCGAGCCAAGCUGGCCAAAAACCUAGCGAACUGUGUCAAGCGUUUCAUUGAGUGGGCAGCGAAGCAACCUAUGGAGACAAAUGCUGACCGCAGGUGGAAGGUUGGCCCGAAGCAUAUCAAAGUUGAAGAUUUGAUACUGGUUUCCCUCCACCACGUCUCAAAAGGCAGUUGGCAGCCCCAGCUACGCCUUCGUAGGCCUCUCCCGGAACUGCCCGUGCACCGUUCGAGGGUUGUUGCGGCCGGGACCUCGAUGAUUCUAUGAUCCGAGGCGAUGCCCGAAUCCCACGAACGACAUCCAAGACCAAUACAAUGACGAGAACCAAAUGUAGCCAACCCUUCAUGUUACUAUAGCAUAUCCCGGACCACUAUAACCGUUAUCCCUCAAGUA